AUGGCCAAAAACGCUGCAACAGAACCCGUUUUGUAUGGCAAGAAACCUGAUGUACUCUUUAUCUUCCCGGAAGACGGCGGAAAGAAAAUCUUUGCAGAGAAACUGAGGUUGGCGCAAGUAAGCGAGGUCUUCAAGAAGCAAUUUUCCGGAAGCUUCGAUUGCAAGGAGGACAUUCUUAUAAAGGAUAUAUCAUUCGAGAUAUUCGAGAUCAUCUUGGACUAUAUUCACGACGUCGAUGACGAAGAUGCAGAAGACGGGGAAGAUGCAGGCGAUAACAAUGAUGCAGCGGAAGACAAUGAGAUUGAGAUAAGUGAAUAUAAUUUCCUGGAGAUCCUCUACAUGGCAUCAAAAUACUUCAUCUUUCCGGUGAUUGAGAAAGUCAUCGAGUUUGUCUGCCCAUACAUCACAGCAGAUAAUCUGUUGUAUUACUAUGAGGCUCUGAGUAAUUAUCAGAUCAAGAAAUUGAAUGACAAGUUCCAGGACAUUUUUGAGCAUCAUCCAAUUAAGAUUAUUGAUGGACUCAAUGGAUCCGAAGUCCAUAUGGGGAUACUAAAGCAAAUUCUGGAGUCCUCGUGCCUCAAAAUUGAUACAGAAUACAAUCUCUACGCUGCUGUAGCUACAAUGAUGAAGAGAGUCUCAAAGGACGCUGUUGACGUUGCAGAUGAAAUGAGGAAGAAAAUGGGAAAUUUGAUUUAUUUAAUUCGAUUUCCGCUUUAG